AUGUUGUGUUCAAAACGAGGUCUAUCAUGUUUGUGUUCAAGUUUUCACAGCCUAUUGCUAAAGGAGACAAGUAACCGUACCUCAAACGAGCAGCAAAUAGCGUAUUGGCUAGAAAGUACCAGACCAACUGCGAUUGUUCAAAUAAAGAAUGCAUAUGAGAGUGAGCUGGAUGCUUCACUGCACGUUGCUAUUCUUACAUUGGUUCAUCGCGAUGCAUCAACGGAGCUAGACAAACUAUUGUCCAAGCUUCGUAACCAAACUUCCAGGCAUAGUAAAAACCUCGAAGUUAAGGAAUCAACGCUGUUCACAAGGUAUGCUCAAAGAACUCUGUUGCAUAUCGCUUCAUGUAACGGAGCGAAAGAAUGCGUCAAACUUCUCCUGAAUGAGCCCUACUGUUGGAGACCUGAUCACUUAGAUGGUCGAAAUAUGACCCCAAUGUUUCUGGCUGAGAUGCGUGAUGAUAUUGCAGUACUACUGGAACUUGCCAAGCAUUCCAACGAGGAACGUGUCAUUGACACCCUUCCUGUCCGUCCACCAUUUGGUGGACUCGUAUCUACUCUCCUACUUUGGCCGCAGGACUUGAGAUCAUGGAAAAUGACGCUUGAAGCUAUUGUCAAACCGAGAUGUGUGGGAAUCUCUGGUAGCGCAGACGACUUAGAGGGACAUUAUGUGUACAGGACCUGCAUGAUCGGGCCGUUGGUUGCGCUCUGUUUUGAGCUGUAUCUCUCCAAUCCCAGUUUAUUUGAUUUCGAUCUGUGGAUGGGUAACUUUGGUUCAAAAAUCCGUGAAAAGGAUGGUGUUUUCGCUUGGCCGAUCUCUGAAAAUUAUGUAUCAACCGAUUGCAGAUACCAUCUACAGGAAUGCACUGAAUACCCACACUGUUUGUAUCGGUUGGGUUUAGCGAACCUGCAUCAAAAGAAGAGUCUAACAGACUCAUUAAAGGCUCUCCGUGAUCGAUGGAUUGUGCAUCGAUUCGGGAAACUGGACUACAAGCGUGACAAUGGACAAAUUGCGUUUGGUUGUCUGCGAUUAUCUGAUUUAUGUCGCUUAACAAUAAGGCGCAUUCUCGUGAGACGAAUGGUGAACGGUGAGACAGAAACACACUAUGUUCAUCUGAUUAAUAACCUUCGACAACCUCAGCAUCUGGAGCGUUUCCUACUCUACUAUGAUAUCUGGUGCGUGUCCGAAUGGGAAAAUCAGCUAGCCGAUGGUCAUGGAGGAAAUGUGCCAUAUGGAACCCGGCUGAUCGCAAAACCUACCAAAAACAAGAACGGAAGAGCUGGUGUUGCUAUUGGAAAUCGCUUCAUCCCAACAAGUAAUCCGGACUGA